CAUGUACGCCUCACUCAGGAUUCCACAUUUUGUCAGCUCAGUACGAGCAGAGAAAGAGAAAGAGAUGCCGGCGCCCACCGUCCGCUUGAUCUCCAGCACCAUGGUCCACCUGCGGGAGAGCAGCAGCAGCCACGCUGAGGGGAGUCGACGAAGGUGGGAGUUGACGGCGUGGGAUGUGGCAAUGCUCUCCACUCCUUACAUUCAAAAGGGCCUGCUGUUCCCCAUGCCUCCCGGACCGCUGUAUGCCGCCAUUCAACACCUUAAGUCUUCCCUCUCCCGAUGCCUGCUGCACUUUCCCUUCUUGGCUGGGCGCUUGGCCACCGACUUGGAGACCACCACCUUCGUGGACUGCAGCGACCAGGGCGUACAGUUUGAUGUGGCCGCCGCCGACGGGGUCCACGUCUCGGACUUGGCGUCGGCUGGUGAGAUUCCGGCCGUUGUCAACUCCUUCUUUCCACUGGCCGACGGAACGGUCAUCGGCUUCGAUGGUUAUUCUUUGCCUCUCCUUGCCGUUCAGGUGACCGAGUUGAGCGACGGCGUUUUCGUCGGCUGCUCCUUCAACCAUGUGAUGGGCGACGGCGAGUCAUUUUGGCAUUUCUUCAAGUCCUGGUCCGAGAUCACUUCCGGAAGCGAAAUCAUAUCCCGGGCGCCACUGACCGAGCGACCACCCAUCCACCACGAGUGCGGUCGGAUCAGAUUCCUCGUCUCCGAAGAACAUAUGGCUCGGUUCUCCUCGCCGCCCUUGAGAGUGCGUUUCUUCCGCUUCAGCCGCAACGCCAUCGUUUGCCUUAAGGCUAAGGCCAACCGGCAACUCAGGCCGGAGGUGGGCGACAUCUCAUCACUCCAAGCGUUGACGGCGCUCAUGUGGAGGUGCAUAACCCGAGCGAGGAGGCUCCCAGUUGACCAGACGACCACUUGUAAGAUGGCCAUAGGGAAUCGGACGAGGCUCGACCCACCCCUGCCGGCCGGCUACUUCGGUAAUUGCAUGGAGGCCAUCGCCGUAAAGGCCGUGGUGGGCGAGCUCCUGGCGCAGGAGCUGGGCUGGGCGGCUCGAGCCCUGCACGAUCGCAUCAAGGGCCACACGAACCUGUCGGCUCGGAAGUUUGUAGAAGAGUGGGUGAAGAGGCCGAGCGUGUACCACGGGCUCUUUGAAGGGAACGGUGUCAUGGUGGGGAGCUCGCCGAGGUACGAGAUAUACGGCAUCGACUUCGGAUGGGGAAGUGGUGUGACGGUGCUCAGCGGCGCUGCUAACAAGUAUGACGGGAAGAUGUCGGCGUAUCGAGGGAAGGGCGGCAUCGAUUUGGAAGUCUGCUUGUUCCCACAUUUCAUGAGUGCCUUGGAGUCGGAUGGGGAGCUCUUGGACAUGCUUUCGAUUGUGUAAGAACGCGUCUUUGGUGGUGUUUCCAUUAAUCCAAUAAAAGAGCACCGGCAGCCUAAUUUGCAAUUGCUGUUUUUGGCUCUUCAAUA